UAACGAAAUCGUACACGGUGGAAAUCAUUUGGUCGUGAGACUUCGAGUUGUGCGGUCGAAGGAAACCGGUGUUAUUAGAAUUUUUUAAUUUCUGACUAAAUUAUACAAAAUCUCACAAUGCCUCCAACAAUUUCAGAUUCUCCUAAAUCUUCGGAGACAGUGAGGGACAAAAUACAGAGUACUCUGCAGGAGCGGAUCAUGAUAUUUGAUGGUGGGAUGGGAACAAUGAUACAAAAGCAUCGCCUGGAGGAGGAAGAUUUUAGAGGACAAGAGUUCAAAGAUCACCCGAAAAGUUUAAAGGGGAACAAUGAUAUUCUUGUUUUAACUCAACCAAAUUUAAUCCAUGAAAUUCACAAGGACUAUUUUGAGGCAGGAGCUGACUUUGUAGAAACGAACACAUUUAGUGGGACCAAAAUUGCACAGGCAGAUUAUGGAACAGAACAUCUGACAUACAGAUUGAAUUAUGAAGCUGCUAAAAUUGCUAAGAGGGCUGCUGAAGAGGUUACAAAUAAGACUGGUAUUCAGAAAUAUGUAGCAGGAGCAAUAGGUCCAACCAAUAGAACUCUGUCCAUAUCUCCCUCAGUUGAGAAACCAGAGUUCAGGAAUGUCACUUUUGAUGAACUUGUGGAAGCUUACACAGAACAAGCCAAGGGAUUAUUAGAGGGAGGUGCAGAUGUCCUUCUGGUGGAGACAAUAUUUGACACUGCCAAUUCCAAAGCAGCCCUCUUUGCUAUUGAGGAGCUGUUUAGGAAGGAGAAGUUUACCUGCCCCGUGUUUGUGUCUGGUACGAUUGUCGACAAGAGUGGGAGGACUCUCUCUGGACAGACCACUGAGGCUUUUCUCAUCAGUGUGUCCCAUGGUAAUCCAAUGUGUAUUGGACUCAAUUGUGCAUUGGGUGCAAAUGAAAUGAGACCUUUCAUAGAAGCUGUCAGCAAAAACACUACAGCAUACACUAUAUGCUAUCCAAAUGCAGGGUUACCAAAUACUUUUGGAGAUUAUGACGAAACUCCAGAGAGCAUGUGUGACCAACUUUCAAAUUUUGCGCGAGAUGGUCUACUGAACAUUGUGGGUGGAUGUUGUGGUACUACUCCUGAGCAUAUAAAAGCAAUUGCAGAAGGUGUGUCUCAAUUCAAACCAAGAGUCCCACCAGAUGAGCUCAGAAAGGACUUCAUGGUGCUCUCAGGACUUGAACCUACAUAUCUUGGACCCUAUACCAACUUUGUUAAUAUUGGGGAGAGAUGCAAUGUAGCUGGAUCUCGGAAGUUUGCCAGACUCAUCAAGGAUGGAGAUUAUGAGGAGGCUUUAAGUAUUGCUAAAACCCAAGUAGAGAAUGGAGCGCAAAUCCUAGACAUCAAUAUGGAUGAAGGAAUGUUGGAUGGUGUGGCUUGUAUGACCAAGUUUGUCAAUCUCAUCGCUUCAGAACCAGAAAUCUCUAAGGUACCCCUAUGUAUAGAUUCCUCCAACUUUGCAGUGAUUGAGGCUGGAUUAAAAUGUACUCAGGGAAAGUGUAUUGUCAACAGUAUCAGCAUGAAAGAGGGAGAGGAGGACUUUGUAGAAAAAGCCAGAAAGAUCAAACAAUAUGGGGCUGCUGUGGUUGUCAUGGCAUUUGAUGAAGAAGGACAGGCAACAGGCAGACAAAGAAAGUUUGAAAUAUGUCAGAGAUCCUACAGGAUUCUUGUUGACAAGGUCAAGUUCAAUCCGAAUGAUAUCAUAUUUGACCCCAACAUCCUUACUAUUGCAACAGGGAUAGAGGAGCACAACUCAUAUGGAGUUGAUUUCAUCAUGGCAACAAAAGACAUUAAGGAGAAUUUGCCUGGAGCCAGAGUAAGUGGGGGUGUAUCCAAUUUCUCGUUUUCUUUCCGAGGCAUGGAGGCAGUUCGAGAGGCCAUGCACAGCGUCUUCUUAUAUCACGCCAUAAAGAAUGGUAUGGAUAUGGGGAUUGUGAAUGCAGGAUGUCUGCCUGUUUAUGAUGAUAUUGAACCAAAGCUUUUGGAAAUGUGUGAAAACUUACUUUGGAACAAAGACCCUGAUGGAACAGAAAAACUGCUUGCUUAUGCCCAGAGUAUGGGAAAAGAUGCCAAGAAAGCAGUGGUCAGUGAUGAGUGGAGGAACAAGAAUGUGGAGGAGAGGCUGGAGUUCUCCCUCAUCAAGGGAAUAGACAAAUUCGUCGUAGAGGACACGGAAGAGGCACGUCAGAACCAAGAGCUGUACCCCCGGCCCCUGAAUGUCAUCGAGGGUCCCCUGAUGAAGGGCAUGAGUGUUGUGGGGGAUCUCUUUGGGGCAGGGAAAAUGUUUCUGCCCCAGGUGAUCAAGUCGGCGCGAGUGAUGAAGAAAGCAGUGGGUCAUCUCAUACCUUUCAUGGAAAAAGAGAAAGAAGAGAGGAUGAAACGAACGGGGAAUGUUGAAUCGGGAUACUCUGGAGUGAUUGUUCUGGCCACUGUGAAGGGAGAUGUCCAUGACAUUGGCAAAAACAUCGUAGGAGUAGUGUUGGCAUGCAACAAUUUCAAAGUGAUAGAUUUAGGAGUGAUGACACCCUGUGAAAAAAUCCUUCAAACAGCAAUGGAAGAAAAUGCAGACAUUAUUGGUUUGUCUGGACUCAUCACACCUUCCCUAGAUGAGAUGAUAUAUGUUGCCAAAGAGAUGGAAAGAAUUGGCUUCAAAGUUCCUCUGCUGAUAGGUGGCGCCACAACCUCAAAAACUCAUACUGCAGUGAAGAUUGCCCCACAGUACAAAUCACCAACAGUUCAUGUGCUGGAUGCCUCCAAAAGUGUCGUAGUGUGUUCCCAACUCUUGGAUGAGGAAAACAGAGAAGAUUAUAUGGAAGAAGUUACAGAAGAUUAUGCUGAAAUCAGAACAGAUCAUUACAACUCCCUGAAAGACAGAAAAUAUUUAUCAAUAGAGAAAGCAAGAGAAAAGAAACUUAAUAUUGACUGGUCAGCCUACCCACCAGCGCCUGAGCCAUCUGUAAUAGGAGUGAAAACAUUCGAGAAUUACGACCUAUCUCGACUUGUCCCAUACAUUGACUGGAAGCCUUUCUUCGAUGUGUGGCAGCUCAGAGGAAAAUACCCAAACCGAGGCUAUCCAAAAAUUUUCAAGGAUAAAACUGUUGGUCCAGAGGCUAAGAGAGUGUACAAUGAUGCCCAGAACUUGUUGAAAACGAUCAUCACCACCAACAAGUUACAGGCCCACGGAGUGGUGGCGUUCUUCCCCGCCAACAGUGUGGGGGACGAUAUCGAGGUGUACAAUGAGAAUGGAGAGGUUAUAGAAGUGCUUCAUGGACUCAGACAGCAGGCUGAAAAGGAAGCUCUGGAUAAAUCUCCAUAUCUAUGCCUGUCUGACUUUGUCGCACCCAAAAGUUCCGGCAAGAAAGAUUACAUAGGAAUGUUUGCUGUCACGGCAGGACAUGGUGUGGACAAAAUGUGCAAAGUAUAUGAAGAGAAGUAUGAUGACUAUGGAAUCAUUAUGGUCAAAGCUUUGGCUGACAGACUUGCAGAGGCUUUUGCAGAAGAGUUGCAUGAGAGAGUGCGAAAGGAGAUCUGGGGAUAUUCAAGAGAGGAAUUGUUGGAGGCCAAUGAUUUACACAAAAUUAAAUAUCAGGGAAUUCGACCAGCCCCAGGAUACCCUAGUCAGCCAGAUCAUACUGAAAAGGAAAUAAUGUGGCGCCUUCUAAAGGCAGACAAAGUGGGGAUAACUCUGACUGAAUCUUUAGCAAUGUUUCCGGCUGCCUCAGUUUCUGGACUGUACUUUGCACAUCCAAAGUCUGAGUAUUUUGCUACCGGAAAAUUACAAAAAGAUCAAAUUGUUGAUUACUCUGCAAGGAAGUCUGUAGAUGUGUCUGUCACUGAAAAGUGGCUGAGUUCUGCACUAGCGUACGAUUCCUGAUGAAAGUCUUGCCUAAGAGUAUUAAAAUUGCUGGAAAUUCGACUGAUUCAGUUGACAGUCAAAAUACCAACUUAUUACAGUACAUUUCAUGUAAAAAUCCUACUGUGUAGGAGAAGAAGAUUUUGACUGUGCUUUAUGAUUAUGAUACAUUAAGGGUAUUAUUUCGCACUGGAGAUUUAACUGAUAUAGGGCUCUAUCGACAAACAAAAUACAAACUUAAUACAAUACCUAGCAAGUGGAAAUCCUACUGUGUAGUAGGAGAAUAUGUUGUCUUUAAUUUAUAACAUAUCUGAUAUCUGUGUACAUGUAUAUUGCAUGUAUCAACAUUGUCCAUGAAAACAAAUAAUUUUAUUAAUCAUGAUAUUAAAUAUGAUAAAAUUAAAUAUAAAUAUUUAAGUAAA